AUGCUAGCCAAGGUCCUACCUCCUUCCGGGUCCCUAGAUCUGGCUUAUGGCGCCGUGCCCUCACUACGACUGAGAAGGCCAACGUGGUUGCCUCUGAGCGACGUGAAGUCACUCUUAAACGGUCACUCUCCAGUGCAGCGUCGAUGGCACGCACCACGCUGAACAAUGUCGCGCGCGCCAUUUCCGCGCUCAGUACACGUUCGCGCAUAUGGCAUACCUCUCACUCUCACCUUUCCGGGGGCAACUGCGGACAUAGUCUAG